AUUGACGACAGUGUCAUGGCGACGUACGGAGGUAGUUUCGAGAGCUCGGGCAGCAUCGAAGAUAGAAAGGAAAGCAAACGGCAGGCACGAAAAGAGGCAAUAGAAAAGGUAUGAGGUUAAAACUCUUUUGGCAAAUAACCCUGUAAAUAAAAUUCAGGGCUGGCCGAUAAUGGCGCCAGGUUAGUCUCACAACAGAAAUGUGUCGUCCGGGUAACAAGCUAACGGCUAACGGCGUGAGCUUGAACAGCUCAAAGUUAUCUUCAUGUCUGAAUUGCCCUUUUCCGUGAUAUAGUCUGUGUGUUUUCCUCUCAUCUGCGAAUUGAACACAAGCUAUGAGUCCGUACUUGACUGUCCGUGGUUACUACAUGCGGAUAUUGUUGAGCAGAGAGGACAAACACUGCAGGUGUAGAUAGCGAGCUGCAGCUGGCUUUUAUGGAGCUUUUUGAGUCCUGCUCCCUCCAGUUUGAAGAUUAAAAUCAGGCUUAUUGUAGUAACCAUAUAUGCACACAUGCAGUGGAUUGAGCGUUAUCUCUGAGCCGUGCAGCUGUGUUUGCACAGACGCACACAGACACAGAGCAGAUGAUACAGACUGAUGGUGACAAACGCUGAGAGAUGUUUAGACAUUAUCUGCCUGGUUCACCUGUGCUUCAACAGGCCAAAACAAAGAGUGCUGCUGGGUCUGAUUAAUCCUGUUUGGACAGGAUCUGGCUCUCUGUGUCUCAUCAGUGUCACAUCCGUUUCAUAACCUAUGAUCAUACAGCCUUAAAGGGAUAUUCCGGUGUAAAAUUAAUUCAGGGUCAAACACACCACACCCCCUUGAGAGAUGAAUGUUGCUGACUGCUUGCUUCUGUAGUUAUACCAACUUUAGAAACGACUGCACAAUAGCAAUACACAGAGCCACGCGCUCAGCCAAAACGCCACUCUAUAGACACAAAUAAUGCUCAGAACAGCACCUAACUUCAUCAACAGCACAUAUAGGAUCCUAGUCACAGCACUAGCCACCAAACAUCUUAUUAACUUUGCCUGAUAUCUUUAGCAAAGAGACUAAACACAACUCAUCUACUCUCUUCCAGCAGCCACUUGUUUGUAGCGAGACCUCAGGCCAGUCCACCACAGACUACAGCGGGGUGACGCUGCUCAAGGAAGAACAUUUAUGAUCAUUUCACCAUCAAAAUGCAAUUAGACCGAGACGCUCAGGCAGAAGAACCACCGCGUCUGCCGUGCAAAUUGAUUAAUAUGAUGAUUAUUACUUCAAGGAAAUGAUAAAGUAAUGAUCAUAAAUGUUCUUCCUUGAGCUGCGUCACCCCACAGCAGUCCUCGCCCGAGGUCUCGCUAUGAACAAGCAAGUCUCCUUGCUAAAGAAAUUAGGCAAAGUUAAAAAGAUAUUUGGUUGCUAUUGCUAUCAUGCGGUCGUGACUAAAGUUGGUAUAACUAGAGAAGUAAGCGGUCGGCAACAUUCAUCUCUCGAUGGGGUGCCUGACUCUGUGUUAUGGUGUGUUUGACCCUAAAUUAACUUCACGCCAGAAUAUCCCUUUAAAGCUGAUAGAUUAUAUAUUUAAAGAGUGACUGUUUUUGUGGUAUAUGAAUUACUGUAUUCUGUAUUAUUUGUUUUGUGGUGAGUAGGGUGUGAUAUACAUGAUUUUUCAAUUAUUAAUUUAAUCUUAUUUUGUUGUUCUUGCACCCUUCAGGCCAAGAAGCAGUAUGAGAAGGAAGAGAGGAGGAAGGAGCUGAAGAGACAGAGAGGGGAGGACACUUGGAUGCUCCCAGAGGUCAACCAGAGACUGGAGGAGAUUGGGGAAGUAAGUAUAUUUUAUUCAAAGCACUGUGUUGUCUCAACUAUUAUAAAGUGCAGUAAAGCAAUGUUACAACAUCCCAAUAUCUAUCCACUAUCUUGCUGCUGGAUGUCAUUAGCAGUGAUGACAACAGCAAUUAUGUCUUCUACAGAAAUCAGUUAUUCCCUUGGUAAACAAGCCGCUAGACAGUUUAUAAUUACAGUGACACUUGGCUGUAUCCAAAUCUUCUAUAGGAGGGCUCUGUGAAGAGCAAAAAGAAGAAAGAGAAGAAAUCUAAGAAGAAAAAGGAGAAGAAAAAGGCAAAGAAGGAGAGGAAGACAGCAGAAGCAGGUGACGGAUCUAGUGACAGCUCACAGGUGAGUAAUUAAGUCACUUUACAUUAUAUGAGUCUUUUUUACUACCAGAGCAGUGAAACACUGGUCAAUAACUUGAAUAAUUUAAAUGUGCUGAAUAAUCUUAUGUCUCUUAAAAUUUAGUCUCACGAUUGAAAAAUAAAAAUCCUCAUCUCUCUCUCUCUCUCUCUCUAUUCUCUGUCAGGACUCAGAGAAUGAGUGGAUUGAGGCUCAACCUCAGGCACAGGCUGCUAAAGCCUGGCAGCUUCCUGAUGAUGCCAAACCAUCAGAGAGCAAUCAAAGCCCAGCACAGAAUGCCCAGCAGGUAAUCACCUAAACUGACCAUAUAGAUACAGAAUAACAAUUUGCAUGGCGUCUGAUGUCACUUUUUAUUGUUAUUUUUGUUUUCAUGAAAGAUGUUUAAAGAAAUCAAAAGUGGUUGAAAAUGGAAGUGAUUUAGUAGAAUUUGCCUAAGUUAUUUAUUAUCUUCCUGUUUUUAGUUUACAGCUUUUGCAGUGAUUGUUUCUUUUACUGUGGAACCAAAAUUGCUCAUUCACAUUAUUUAUAUCCCUGUCUCAAAGAGAGAUGAGUGGAUGACGUUUGACUUCCUGGCGAUGAGAACCACCUCUACAACAGAGAGGAGAGCUGAGAAAGAACGACUGAAAGAGGAGGAGAGGGCCAAGGCUCAGGCCAUUGAGCAGGUGAAUAUGCAUGCGUGUGUUUGUUUACCUGAUGUAUAAGGAGGGCAGAAUCACAUGUUUGUGGCAUUUAAGUCUUGAUACAAUAAGAUGUUCAGGUCUGUGUUAGAGGAAGAUAAAGACUGAUCAUGCUUCCUUUUUUGGACUAGAGUGUACUUAGAGUGGCUGUAUAUGUUUGUAUCUGCAUGAUGUUGAUGUUUGUACUGUCACAUAUUUGGCCCUGUUGUGCUGUUAAAAAUUGUCAUCCCUGUUCUAGGCUGGUUUGCACAAACUGGAGUUGAACCCAUACUGGAAAGAUGGAGGCACUGGUCUGCCCCCAGAGGAGAAGGCUGGUACUGCAACAACAAAAGGUAAAUACAAACUCCAGUGAGCUUUACAGAGGCAUUUUCAACACUUAGACAUCAUCUUUGUUGUAGGGUCAUAAAUAUGGGUCAUAAGUAGUUUCUGAGCAGUAGUGCUGCCACCCUCCACUAGCCAGAAUCACCACAACAAUGCUAUUUUGCUCGACUGAGUUGAGAAAAAAAACAAACAACUAAAGACAUCUCAUCAUCAGCACAGGUGUGUGGUUAUUAACCCACAUGGAGUAGCAGGUUUUUGGUGCUAGCUCUGCUUGUGUUAACUACACUACUGGGAUCAUGUAUUUAGCCGUGUCAAAUAGAUUUGACUCAACAACCUUCAGAUUCCCCUCUCUGCCCUUUUUCAUUUACCCAAAUUUCUUGUCCUUUCUUCCUUGUAAGACCUCCAACAAGGUGCUCAGUUAAUUAGUUGACCACUGGGUUAGCAUUUAGUAAUGGAAAUACUGGCUAUAAAAGAGCUUGAAAAUGUGGUAUAUCUUCGACGAGUAUUGAAAAUACAGGGUCCAUUGAGGUGCUGCAGGAAGUAUUUGAUUGCACCCCAUAAUAGAACUCAGAAAGCUUGGUUGUCACAGAAUUGUUCAUGCUGAUCUUGUGCUUUUUUCUCAGGUCUGUGUUAAAGAGGGAUGAGAUGUAGAGUUAGUCUGUGUGUGUUCAGUGCAGGGAAAAGUAAAAUAUAAUACAUCAGGAAUGAUAUGCAAACAAUUUUUGCAGCAAAGUCAAUAUUGAGGUUUGACUAAAGAGUGAGAAAACUGAGAGUGUCAUAAAGAGCCUCUGAUUUAAGGAUUUAGGGAAAAAAGAGAGUGACAGGCAGAGAGUAAGCUGUGUUAAGCUGACGAGCAAAUGCAGGUAUAUGUAGGCGUUUCUCUUCUCGUCAUAUAGUAAGUACAGUUUCUGCUCAAGUGGAAAUCACCUCUCUGCUGUAAGCUCCCUUCUCAGAAUGGUAGACAGGGGGUCCUACUCACAUUCGGUUUUGAUAAAGGUGUUGCAGAAGAUAGAAACUGGCAUGUGUGUGCCUUGCUGGGGGUGUCGUUGUCCUUAAGAUCUGAUGUAGUUGUCCAAAAGUCUUUUUCUGAAAAAUGAUGAGAUGACAUGUGGUCAGCCAGGGGGUAACUUUGAGAAAACGGCUUAAUCUACUGCCCAGUUCUACAACCUUCUUCAUGAACACUUUCAGUUCACUUAUGAAGCAUGUAGUAUCAUCAUUUCACUCCAUAUCAACAGGAGGCAUUAAGCUUCCUUGUAAGCAGGUGUUUCAUUGACAUUACUAAGCUGUGACUCAGUCAUAGAGUUGGCUGUCUUUCAAUUUGGGUUUGAUCCCAGAUCCUGCUGUCCAUAUGCUGAAGUUCCUUGCCAAAGACACUUGACCCCAAGACCACCCAUCUUAGAUGCGCCCACUGGUUGUGUGCGAAUAUGGUGUGAAUUGGUGAAGGUGACAUGUAAUGUAACAGUGCUCUUGGAUGUGAUAGACAGAACCUUGCUGACUUUCUUUCCCUCUGUCUCAGCAGUCUCUGUAGUGAAUGAUGGAGGCCUGAGCUGGCUGAGGAAGAACUACCAGAGGAUGAAGGAGCAGGCUGAGAGAGAGCAGCGCAACCUUAACGAUGUGGUAGCUGAGAGAUACGGGGUGAGUGAGAACUCGCGGCGCAAUGGCCUCGCAUAUUUACAUGCACAUGUAACUAGUCUAUUAAAGGUCAAAUGACAUCAAGUUGAGAUCAUUGGAACCCUUGUUACUCUUUGAAGACUCUCUCUAGUUACAUUUAAAACAAACGGGUUCAUACACAUACAUGCUCACUAAUGUGGCAAAAAUUCAAGUCUAGAUACAAGUCUAGAUUAAUCAAUUGAUCAGCCAACCUCAGCAGUGCUCCACAUUUAUGUUUCACCUAGUCAAGCAGUUAUCCUAAAUUCUCCUUUGGAAUACUCAAAUUUCAGUGUUUCCUACACAUAAAUGAUACCUGGCCACCCUAAAUAUAUUUCCCACUGAGCAAUAGACAAAUAUGAGACGUCUAGUUUUUUUUUUAGACCUAAUUUCAACCGUCUAGAUUCUGUAUGUUUUUAGAAGGAAUUUAGACGUUGCACUUUGACCCAUUAUUCGAUUACUAUUUAUUUCAAAAAGCAACUGUGAGUUGCAUAACUGAUCUCCAAGUACUUAACCAAAAUAAUUAUGAUAGCUGUUGAGCAAUAUACUGUGUAGUAUAGAUAUAGCCCAGAUUUAGACUUGGUCUAAACUUGGUCCAAAUUUAGAUGUCUAAAAAACUUUCAUUUUUAGACCUGCGGUAGCCUGAUUUCAGACUAGUCGUCUAGGCUACAUUUAGAUGUCUAUUAGACCUCUUUAAGACCCAAAAAUGCUCAGUGGGUUGCUAACUACUUUGACAUAUUUGUUUUUUCAAACGUAUGAUACAUGUUUAUCCUUUGGGGUCAUCCACGAUAAAGAAGGGUCUAGACAAUCUUUUGUUGCUGUCUGCCCCUUAUGUGAUAACCUGUAGCAGCUGAUUCUUCCUAAUCAUACUUUGGGAUUGUAGCUAACUGCUAUGUUAUUAACCAGCCUCAUCCAUAUGUGGGUCCCUCGUUGUGAUAAUGCACUGUCAAGUGAAACGUUUCAAAAUAUAAUUUUCCUCUGAUUAUAAUACUUUAGUAAUACUUUUAAAAAGCCAAAAAUGGUGGGAGGUGGGGCGGCCAUGAGACACACAGCUGUGUGUGGAAAAAGAGAAAAGCAGUUGGUGUGGGGUGUGCUUGUGUGGGGGCGAUAAUGUAGUGAAAGAAAAAUCCUUUAUGAACACAUGCAGAAAUAAAUGAGAGAACAAAGCACAAUUAGAAUAAUAAGUUUUAUUAUCAUUUUAUUAUUAUUAUUAUUAUUAUUAUUAUUAUUAUUAUUAUUGUUAAAACUAAAACAAUAUGAUACUAUUCUCAAUCUCUGCUCCUGUCAAUUCUAGUGUUGAUUCAAGUAUGCAAGUAUUGAUUUUUCAACUAAAUUGCUAAUAUGAAAUCAAAUCUAUGAUAAUGGAAAAAUUAAAUCAACAGUUUUUCCAGUGAUGUUGGCAGAGGUGACAUCAUAGAGCAGGAGAAAGUUAGUACAACAAAUAUAUGUAAAGUUUGCAAGAUGUGCUAAAUGAAAAUAAAAUACAGCGUAAGUGAGACAAAAAUAAAGGAAAGACAAAUGCUAAAAUAGCUAAACAGUUGAAAAAAAUGUAUAAAUUGCAAUAUUUUGUAUCGCAAUACUCACUGUAUUGCAGAAUGUUAAAAAUCGCAAUAAUAUCGUAUCAUGGCCCAAGUAUCGUGAUAAUAUUGAACCGUGGGGCCACGAGUGAUUCCCACCCCUAGUCAAUUCUUCCCCUUUUGGCAAGUAGCUGAUGUGUUGUGCCUUAUGAACUUCAUGAUGGCAUGCUAAUGAGCCCUAGGUGUAACAUCAUAUAAGUCUUUUUUUAAAGAAGAAAAAAAGCGUUUUCUUUAUAAAAGAAAAAGUUUCAAAUCAUCACCCUUUUUUAUAUUUUGAUGAUAAUUUUUCACAUUUCAGGGCUUUAUUUAACAGUUAAUCAAAUAGUUCCAUAUAGCAUUUUGUAAGGUUUUAAUAAAACUCUUUUGUUCGGUUGUCCAGGGUCUAAACGUCGCUUUGUCUAGUUUGUGAUUGUAAAUCAGCUUAAGAGGCUUCAGAAGUGGAUAUUUAUUCUUAGUCCCACUGCUCUUUGUAUCCAUCAGUUGUGUUUUAAAGAUUUCUGUUGACCUAAUGUUAACGCUGGUUGUAGUGAAGAUUAUCUGCUGGAUUGAUGGUGAAAUUUGAGAACCCUUUUAAGCAGAUUAGAGGAAUAAACACAGUCUGUAUUAUCUGCAGAACAUGGGAAAAAUUUUACGUAAUUUAAUCUGUAUUUGUAUUUUUCCUUUUAUAGUCAAUGGAAGAGUUUCAGAAAAGGCUUGCUGAUGCAGAGAAAGCCAUGUAUGGAGAAAACAACGGAGGAGAGACGAGAAUGGCAAGAGGUGGAUGGAGAAAAGGAGAGAAUGAGGAGAGGGAGAGAUGGAGGAGAAAAGAGGAAGAUGGAGCAGAGAGAGACCGGUGGAGAAGAAGCGAAAGGGGAAGAGAUUCAUCACCGGCAGACAGAGAAAGAUACACCGCAGGAAGAGGAGAGGAGAGGGACAGAGAGAGGGGAGGCUAUCGAGGGAGGGAGGAGAGGGAUAGAGAUGGGGAGAGACACAGAGAUAGAGGGAGAGACAGGGAUGAGGAAAGAGACAGAGAUAGGAACAGAGACAGAGAGAGGGACAGAGAUAGAGAAAGAGAUAGAGGGAGAGACAGAGGUGAGGAAAGAGAUAGAGAUAGGAACAGAGACAGAGAGAGGGACAGAGAUAGUGAAAGAGAGAGACCUGUUACGUCAUCGUCAUCAUCAGGGCAAAAUUGGAGCCAGCGUUCGUCCUCUCUUGGGUCACUUAAAAGCCGCUUUCUUAAACCUGCUGAAGAAGAUGACGGUGGUGAAGGUGGGUUGCUGUUAAGUCUAACAAUCACUGAAACACAAAUCUGCCCAAUAUCUGUCAGAGUUCAGUGUUAAGACAUUUUUCAUUAGGUCUCAUACAUAGUAAAGAUUGUAAAGUGAUUUUUACAGCUGCACAUUUUAUGCCCCUUGCAGCUUCAGAGCGUCGUCACCCUCCUACAGCAAAGACAUCCGCAGGGUUCCUCAAACCAAGCUCAGAUGAUGAAGACAGUGGUCCAUGUAAUACACGCAUUCCAGCCUGGAAGAAGAGCAGCAAUCCUCCCCAGGCGUCUGACAGCUCAGAGAAACAGCAGCAGGAGAAAGAGAGGGAUCCUGGGGUGACAGCAACAGCUCCUCAAGACUCGAGUCAACAUGGUGAUAAAGCCGCUUCAGCGGCUUCAAGGUUGUGUGCUUCUUAUUUGUAGCCUUAAAGUGUUGUUAUCUGCUCUCAUACGGAUCAAAUACUCAAGCAUGUGUGUAGUUUGACAUUUAUGAAUAAGCCUCUCUAUUCCAUCAGCAGUAGUGUUGUUAGUACACACACAUAACACUUUGUGAAUUUCUAGUGUGCCAACAAAAAUCUAAGAAGAGGGCAGCGGGAUGCAGACUAUUGUCUCACUGAAUCUCAGUUAGCUGCUUGUUGCGUGGACAAAAUCAAAACUAGAGCUUGAAAGUGACUUCUAAGAAAGACCACCACAAUAAUCCUCUUAAAUGAACAAAUACUGAUUGAAAGUAGGUCAUAGAUGUUUAGACCUGUUUUCAGCCAAAUAUCAAUAUUAAAAACUCUGUCACUGGGACUAUUAAAAACCCAAGUUUUCAUUUUUCAAUGGCUCCUGUAGAGACAAACAUUAAUGCCUACAUCAUUGUGUCAAGUAAGCUAUAUGAAGGCACAUUAUUCAUUUUCAUAUUCAUACUUUAUUUUAUUCAGUUAAUAUUUAAAACAUUCAAUACAGACAAGGAAAAAACUCUUACAGAGUCUGCCCCUCUUUGAUAAUAUAUAAAUCAACUAAACACAGUGAAAAUAAACUAAAUAAAGAGCUGCAGGCCAACAUUUUUACAGUUCAUUAGUUCUUAUUUUCAAAAACAAACAGAAAAGACCACGUUAAUUCACAUUUUCUCACAAAAGAAAAAAACGUACCAAGACUUAGAUUAACAUAUUUCCCUGUAUUUACUCAACAUACUGACUUUGACUCUUAAUUUGAUUUAGCUUCUUCAGUUUCUUUGUUCAGAUUGCUCCACUAACUUAUUCCUCUCACUGUAACACAAGGGUCUUUCAGUUUAGUUCUGAAUUUUGGCUUUUUAAAUAUUUCAAAUCCAUUAAAACCACAAAAACUUUAUCUUUUUUUAAAUCGGCUCUGGAUGUUGACUGGUAAAAUUUUCCUAAACUGCAACAUACUAAAAUAUGCUAACUCAUUGAAUUUCAACAACUGCAAUUGAACAAAUAAUGGGUUUGAGGGAUCUCUGUCAUGACUGCUAUAAUAAUCCGUAUUGCUCUUAUUUGCAAAAUGAAAAUUGGCUGGAUGGAAGUUUUGCAUGCUCUUGCCCACACUUCAACACUGUAGGUCAGAUAUGGUACAAUAGUCGAAUUAUACAAGAGGUACAAAGCUUUAUUAUCUAAGUAGUCCUUCACUUUGUUUAACAUAGCAAUCGUUUUUGCUAGUUUCACUUUUAUUUCAUUAAUAUUUGAUUUCCAGGUCAAUUUAUCAUCAAUAAUAACACCUAAACAUUUUAUUUCAUUUACACUAUUAAUUUCAAUACCUUCAAUAUUUACUAAAGCUUCAAUGUUUUUACCUUUGUUACCCAAUAGCAUAAAGUUUGUUUUUUCAAUAUUUAAUGUAUAAAUUCUUUUAUAUUUUGUUAGACGAUUGCGUCAUGAGCUUUUCUUUUCUUCUUUUAUGGCAGCCCGACAUAUAGCACCUUUACAGGCUUCAUGUCAGAGCAUCACAUCUCUGUAAAGCCUUCUUGGCUGCUCUGCGCUUUGCCUCAUUAGACUAAGUUGUUUGGGUUAAACCAGCACCCAGAACCCCUACGGCAUGAAAUGAGCCUGCAGUGUGAAAUGAGACUAGAAGGAGUGUAAUAGCCUAGAACGAUGCUUCCUGGGCUGCAGCUCAGAUCCUCCAUGUUGAGGCUGUAAUGAUCUCUGGUAGGGUGCAGAAAGGCUCGAAUGAAUCAUGACAGAUAAACAAUGUGAGGGCACAGAUGAUAACAAUGAAAUGUUUGAAGUAAAGACAUUCUUGCUAAGUUUGCCGUUCGGUGGUUAUUAUUAGGGUAGAGUUAGUGAGUCAUUAAAUCCUGUUGUUUAGGAGUGAAUUAUGGAGGAAAGCUGCAGGAAAAGGGAUGGAAAUCGCUGGAGGAAGGGGAAAUUAAUGGCUGUGCAUUUGAGUUUUCAUACAUAUUGUGACCCAAGUGUUUGUUCUCCUGCCUUUGUCCUUAUUUUUACCCAGGAGUGAGAGUGAAAGUGAGGAAGAAGAAGAGGAGGAAGAGCUUCCUCUGCUGUCGGAGGAGGAGAUGAACAAACUGGGAGCCAAACUGGUGAAGGCAGAGAUCAUGGGAAACACGGUGAGAAGAACCAUUAUGUCAUGAUGCAGACACUGCGGCUUUGGAAACUUCCAUAUUUGCUGAAGAUCAAGUCAUGUGCUUUUCAGAAAUAGCUGUUUUUGAGGAGCAUGAGAAAUUUUUUGAAGAUGAGAACGAAUACAUCAGUCCGAGUUGUCCAAGUCGAAAGUUCAUCAUGCUUGAAGCCUUUAUUUUGCAGCUCACCAGUCAUAUAAGCUUCUCUUUCUUUAUUUUGUUCUUGCAGGAGGUAAAUAUAGUUUUCAUUUGCCGUUGUCAUUUCAGUUUUGCUGAAAGGCAUGGUUGCUGAUCUUAGAAGCAGUUGAAAAAAACUGAGCCGUUGAAGCAGAUUUGAAAAAGCGUCCCACCCCCCACACACAAACCUCUCCCCUCUGUGCUCCACUAUAACCCCCCCCGGACCUGUAUCGCCCUCCCCACGACACACCACCUCUGGCAGAGCAAAAAGCCAGCCGGCAGAAGAUCCCACGCUAGCUUCAAAUGGGAUUCACCAUGUCGAAUUGCGAGUGACUAGUGGCAAUAAAUGCCAGCUUUGCUAGCAAGCGCCAUCUGCAGCUGCCUGGACAGCUAAUGUGUUGACAUUGCAGAGACUAAUAAGAGUUAUUUAUGUAACAUGUGCCACGAUAAAAGGCAAAAAUUACCUGUUCAACAAAAACUGCUGUCCGUUUUCAGGCCCAAAUCCUGGCGGAGCUUUCUCCGCCUCUCGAAGGAUGACCUGAUGUUAAUUCGAGUUAGAUUCCUCGCUUGGUCACAUUUCGUCUCUGCCCUUUCUUCUGUCGGCUUGCGUUUUCUUCCCACUUUUGGCGGUGGGGUGAGCAGAAGUGUUUUUUUUUUCCAUCCUUCUCCAUCACAGCUCCUGUAGCUAAGCUUCUACGCUACUUUUGGCCGCUCACAGCUCAGAGGAGGGCCGGGAGAGUGGGAGGGGAUGUCGGAACUACGGGAAAGGAUUGUGUCGAAUACAGCUAGGUGAUUGGAUGGAGAGGCUGAGCAGGAGAUUGACCAAUAGGAGCUGUCCGGGAUGUGAAUGUUUUUUUUUGUAGGAUGGUCUCGCCAUCCUUCGCCUCUGAUUGGCUAUAAGUGCUGGGCUCUGAUUGGUUAUUCCUUAUGACUGUGAAACGUCACUGUCUGUCAGGUUAGGGUUAGGAGAUUCAGAAGUGCGAUAAUGUUCUGUAAUGUUCUGUUCGAUGUACAGAGCCGACAGCUCGCGUUUGGCUUGAGCGUGUGAUGAUGUUUCCAGCUUUUAUAGCCAAUCAGAGGCGAAGGAGGCGGGGAAUUCCCCAACCAUCCUACAAAAAAAAUAUUGCUUCCGGGACGGAUGGCUCCCAUUGGUCAAUGUUUCUGCAGCCCUGCACCUGCUAGGGUGAACUGAUUUUUUUCCAUUCUUUUUUUCUCUUCACUUUGUGGAGAUCGCACUUUAGGACCAUUAUCAGCAUAUAAACAAGGUUCUUAAUAAUUACCCAUUCCUCCAAUCGUCAACCGUGCCUUUAAUUUGCAUCUAAUUUUGAUUUUAUUUCAUAGUUGCCCGAGCUGUCAGACACUCCUGCAGGUUAAACAGUGCUGAAUAAACACCUCUGGGACUGACUUAACAGCAAUAAUGCGACUAACAAACUAUAAUUCAGCACCCCGAUUGCAUUUCUAGCCCUGAGAUAUGAGCCAACUUUUCCAACACAUUUGCAGAGCCUCUUUUCUGCGCCUCGAUUUACCACUACAUGAGGGAUCCAUUAAUUAAUAGCACUCAUCGAUCUGUGCACUCAACCAGCUCCCCUCUGUCUCUCACGUGUCAAUGCGCAGAGAUCUAUGGGGUAUCUUAUAGAGCGUGUUAAAGAACUGGCUGUGAAGCGCACACAAACACACCGUGCGCGGACUCACACUCACACCCGUGAUGGUGAAGUGUUAUCAGGCUCUCAGGCUGAUCUCAGGCAUCUCCUUACAUGACAGAGCAAUCAGGUAUUCCCAAACCACUUUGUGUGCAUAGGUUUGUAUUAAGUGCCUUUUAGUAGUCAUGCACUUUCCUCUUCCAGCUUGUACACACAGGUAUCAAUGGCAGUACAGCUUAAGAGGUUGUAUAUGUGUGUCUGUGUGCACUCAGUAGUAUUUCAUUUCCAUAGUGCUCUGCCUCAGAGAAAAAAAAAAAAUGUUAGAAGAAAAAAUUCGGCCAUAUGUGAACACGUUGCCUCUAAAACAUUUACUUUGUAUCUCUCACUUUUUAUGGCAACAUCUGCACCGCUCACAUUUCACAGGCUGAACUUUUAGAGGCUUAUAUAAAAGUUAUUUUAUAUUGAUGUAGGAUAAUAUUUCCAAAUAAACCUGAAGGUUCAUGGUUAUAAAAAGAAAUGAUGUAUAGGUUGUUAACUCAUAUAUGUGUGUUUGUGUGUGUUUCAGGCAAUGGUCGAGAAGCUGAAAUCCCAGCUGGAGGCAGCACAGAAAGCCAAAGAAAGCCACGCCGCCCGACGGAAGCAACAAGAAACUGCGAAAUCAAAGCAGGUUUGUAGAUAUCAUUUACGACUGUCACACUUUUGUCAUGACAGUCAUCAACCAAAAGAAUUCACAAGCUAUUAGGAACACCUCUCAGUCCAACAAACGCACUACAUCAUUAUGAAGCAAUAUUAACCCCCUAGAAUAUAUCUCACAAAUGUGUUUGACUUUAAAUGAAUAUAAUAAUCUGUAGUAAUUUAUUUAUUUAGUUAGUAUUUAGUUUAUUUGCAGGAUAGGUAUGUUAGAUCAGGGGUUUCCGUAAUUGUCCAUGCUAAAGACCCUGUUAUGCACUUGCCUCUAGCAGGGAUUACGAUAGCAGAUAUUGGUAACACUUAAUUUGAUGCCACCUCUAUAACACAUUAUAAAUAUGUUUAUAAUCACGUUAUAGCACUGUAUAACUAUAAUUAAAGACACUCAUAAAUGUUUAUAAUGCUUUAUAGGAAUAAUCAUAACACAUUAUAAAACAUUUUAUCAUGACUUACAAGGUCAGGUCUUAUAAUGUGCUAUAACUGUUAACAACAGUUGCAUUGCAUGAUCUAUGUUGGCAUUGUCAGAGAGUUGUUAACAGUUAUAACACAUUAUAGUACCUGACCUUGUAAUUCAGGACAAAAAGCUUUAUAAUGUGUUAUAAUUAUUGCUAUUAAGCAUCAUGAUCAUUUAUGAGUGUUUAUAACUACGUGAUUAUAAUGCAUUAUACAUAUAUUUAUAAUGCGUUAUAGAGAUAGGUGUCAAAUAAAGUGUAAUUUAAACAACUUAUUGAUAUAGUUUCUCAUUUUCUUUAAUAGUUUAACUUACUCUUUAUUUGUUUCAUUGAAUUAUAUUUUUGUGCUCUGUCUUUUCUCAUUUCUAUAUACUUUAAGCUCCAUCCUCACCACUCCUCCUCUCAAGGGUACACUAGUCCCUCCUCCACUUGUCCCCUGGCUGCUCCCUAAAGGGGGAAACAUUUUUGAGAAAAUAGGUAGACGAGACAAUUUGGAAAGAGGGUUUUUUUACCUCACUCCUGUGCUCUAACUCCCUCUCUCUUCAAACACUCUCCAACUCCUAAGAGAAGUUUCCCUCUGUGCUGAUGUUCGUUUGAAGUCAUUCCUCCAUGAUUUAAUAUCUAUUCAACACACACACACACGCACUGAUACACUGCUACAAGCACACAUGUGUAAAUACAUAAAUCCAGGUACAGACACACUAUCUUCACCUGAAUAUCUACUGCACUAAUCCCUCACAGAUGUAAACACAUGCAAACAUAGGAAGAGAUUGAUAUACCGACUCGCUUGCAGACCUCUAACCUGACACCAGCACACUGUCUGCUAGCUGUUUUUACUCCCUCCAUUGAUCUAAAUGCUAAUCCAAACACUCAGGACCAUAUCUUCUCUUGACACACACAUGCAAGGCGAGACACACACGACUCCAGCUGAAACUUGAUUCUCUGCAGUUACGUACGACCGCUUUAUAAAAGGAAUUUGUUUAUUUGAAGCUGGUUUGCUUUUCAGCGUUCACAUGCUGCUGUCUGCGUGAAGCAGCUCCUGUUCGUCAUGUCAGCCGACUCUAAUGGGAAACAAAUGUCGCUCCUGCCCGGGGUCAUUCAGAGUGUGCCCUUUGUGUUUAUGUGAGGGGAUAAGGGAAAAAAAAACUGUUUAAAAGGGGACAUACAGUGCAAUCGGUGUAACAUACGGUCCGCGUCUGUAGCAUAAGCAUCUUUCAGAAUGUGAAGGAAGAGACCGCGCUUUUCAGCCCCACAUGCACACACACUAAACAUAAGAUAUUUGUAUGUACACGUAUCUGCAGGCACAUUUAAAGCAGGUUUUUAAUCUAUCUUAUUAUUUGUAAAAUCAGCCACACUGCUCUCACAUGAAGCUGACCCUUCCAAAUUAAAAGACCAGUGCAAAAUCCUCAGUAUAUUUUCAGAGAAAAUGUCAUAAUUCUUGCAUUUUAGUACACUCAUCAACUGAGAGGUACUUCAACCCUCUUAGAGAUGAAGUGCUGUUGAUUUGCACUCCUUCCAAAUCCUUCCCAUCUGUCUUGUUAUAGUAGACUUUUGGCUUAUCUUCACUAUUCAGUGUUUCUGACUCUUGCUGUCUGCCUCAUAUUUCAUGUUUUCUCUGCGCUCGGAUCCUUGAAAGGCUCAACUUUCUCAACUGAAGCAGAGAAAAUAUUCUCCUCUGUCUUUCUCUUCCUGACAGUCCAGUUUUAUUCUCUUGUGACUGCCAUCCUUUCUGUUUCUCCCUCCUUAUUCUUGUUUCUGUCUCUUCUCAUCAGGGCAAACGUCAGUCUUACAGGCUGUCAAAUCAGGCCCUGGCUUCUGUCAUAUAAGACUAGGUUUUCCUUCUGUAUUAACUUCGACAGACUGACAUGACAAGUUUUUAAGAGAGGACCUCAGAAAGGAGGAGAUUAAGCACCUUGUUAAUAUUUUUCUGCAACAAUCAGUAGCACCAAAAUCUAAUUUAGCCAGUCAAAACAAACUUUUUUGGUUUUGUCGUACACUUAAAGAAGAAAAUAAGCAAAAAAGUCAGUCAUAAAGUAAAUGAUUUCAGUUAAUAAGUCACUAUGAAAAGGUUAAAGCAUGUUUAAGUCAUUUAAAAGCCAAGUUUGGGAAUGAGAGAAUUAUAAGGUGUUCAUACAACUGUAGAGGUUAAUAUUUUAUUUACAUUUUAUACUCAGAAUAAGAGUUAGCAUCUCCUCUCUCUGCUCUCAAAUGAAAUAACAAAUGCACAGUGUUAAUUUCAUGAUACGCAAAAGUGAAAUUAAGAAAGAAAAUAACCCAGGUCCCUUUUUUGUUUUUUUUUUUAGGUUGCAGGUCGGUCCACUGAAGACCGGGAAGUCCUGCUGUUCAGAACCGACCAAUCAGGUCGAGCCUGGCCAGUCAAUGCCCCAUCUGGACCUCAGGAGCCCCACGGAGGACGGCGAAAGAAGAAAGCGGUAAAGAAAGAGGGAUGAUGAUGGGUGGUAGUGAAGUAGUAAAACAAAUGCCAGGACAGCAGGGAGUGUUUUUUAGAAAUGUGAAAGUGGCAGCCGCACACAUGGUUGACAUAAAUCUUGAACUCCAUGAGAAGCUACCACAUAAGAGGGAUCCCCACAUCGAAACAAGGUUUUUGAGUGUAGGGCGAAGUCUGUAUCCAGAACUUUGUUUUUGUCAAUUAUUACAAGUUGCUUCACUUUUUAGUCUGUGAACCUCAGGCGUGUCUGAAGCUGUCUGUCCCUUCAUUCUCUCUUAUUUUCUACCUGGAAUCUUCAGACUAUGAAGCUGGUUUAGAAAUAGAUCUGAGUACCUUAAACUAUGUUCUGAAUGUAGUAUCUUCUUAACUUCCAUUAAGACUUGUUUUUAUAAAUCCUAUCCCUUCCUCUCUUUCUCCAGAUCGAAACUCAUAUCGAUGGAGAGCGUGUGCGCUACUUCCAGGAUGAUGAUAACGUUGAUCUCAAGGAGAUGGUGAGGAGGGAGAAGAUGAGCUCUGCCCAGGAUCAGACUGCCCUCUACUCUCGCAUGGCUUCAAAGGUAAGAGAACUCCAGAGCUGUGCUGAAUCAAACUUGUGUAAAUACUAAAUAAAUAACAACCUGGUAUCCACGGCUUGGAUCAGUUAUUCUUCUCGCUGGAACCAGAAGUCUGUGAUUUUUCAUAAUCUUAUUUUCUUAGUCAGAGCUUUCUUUUCUUCUUUUCUUGUGGAGCUGAAACUAUGUAGGUGAUAAUAAUCAUAUAUUUUUAUUCAUGUAGUGCUUUUUAUGGCACUCAAAGACACUUUACAAGGAAGAAAACACAGUAGUAACUAGGAUAAAAGCACAUUGCAAAGACGUAGUUAAAACUGAUUAAAAAGACAGGCUAAAACUAUAGAGUGCAGAGUCCAGGUGAAUCAAUACGAGACAGAACUGUUUAUAAUUAAAGCUAUUCAUUUUGGUAGAUAAGCUGGCUGUCGAAGAUGCACAUUACUGAUUUUUAUCAUCCAGAUGUAUCCUAAUGAUAGUAAACACUCUGAAUGUCUUUGUAGUGAUUUUAUAGAUCACAUUAGCUUAACUUGAGUUUAAUUGUACCUAUACUGUAUAAGUAUAUGGGUAACAUGAUUAAAACACUUAACGGUCUGCUCACAUGUAAAUGGUUCUUCUAUGCCAUGCCACCAAACCCAUUUGCACCAUAAAACAGCAUAGUUAAACAAAUUGGAAUAUACGGAAAUGCAGAACUGCACAACUUUGUGCAUGUGUCUUGCACAGUCUGUAUGUUAUGUAUGGUAUGAAUGAAUGUAAGUAUGUACAGUAUAUAUGUAUGAAGGUCCCCAUUCACUACUAUCAAGGUAGCAACUACUCCUCCUGGCUUUCCAUUAAUGCAAACAUAAGACAAGAUUUAAAAACAUUAGUAAGAGUACAUACAGCGCUUUAUAUUCUGUGUUAAAAUACUGCUAAACCUUACAGCCAGAUACUGUUAUCUGUGCUUUUUCACAUACAGGUAGCUGAGCAUUAUUGCAACAUUGGUUAGCCACUACCAAGAGCUGCAUCCAGUGAUGGGUGGCUAACUUUUGACAGGCAUUUUAGACAAACAAUAACAAAAAUAUAAACUUCCCCAGAAAGUCUUUGCUGAACUUUGAGGGUUAGAACAUUUAAUGGUUUGCUCACAAAUACCCCUUGUGGGACAUGCAGUUCAGGGACAGAUUCUGGGAAAUUUGUGAGGUAUAAAAAUAGAUACAUGCCAGUUUAUUACUGUAAAUGCUGCAUUCCACUUUAGUUUGGUAUCAAGUUAUUUUGACGAGUCUAGAAACUGCAACACGGUUCACAUCAAAUUGUAUUUUUGAGAUUUAACACAAGAGUAACAUUUCUAAAGACAAUUCAAAAGUGUGUUAUUGUGGAAUUGUUUUGGUUCUACACACCACUGAUUCACGAAUUCCUUUUCUUUUUGAUGGCAAGCUAAAGGCUAAGUACAAUGAAGUGUAGGGCUUCAUAAAGGUGAAUUCAAAUAGAAGAUACAGAGGAAAUGGUCAGAAAUCAGGCCGAGCCAAUGCAACCACAGGCAUACCCAUCACAAUAGAAACCAAACAGGAAACCUGAUCAAUAUCAAAGUCUAUAGUUUCACAGUGGAGCCAAGAGCAUAAGAAGAAAAUUAUCUUAGAGAUAAUCUGAAACUAAAAUAUGACAAUGGGAGGAACAUGACAAUUAAAACACUAUCGCUCAACUUUUGGUACUGUCUGAGCACAGGAAUUAGCAUUAGCGUACUCCAAUAAAAAAGAGAUGAAUAAUCUAUGAAUAGAAGCAAUUUCACACAGAAACAGUCAUUUCGUGAGUUGAAGUAAUUUUAAACACAUAUAAUUUCAAAUAUGUUGAAUGAUUACUUUCUAUAAUUCAAAAAGGGUCAUAAUGGCUGAUUCAAUUUUGAAUUUGCUCUCUCCACUGUGGAAUACCCAGAUUCAUUAAACACUCGUGAUGAUAACUCUCCCACCAAACCUUUAUCUCCCCUCUUCCCUGUUUCAUUAGCAAAGAGCCACAGAAAACAAAUAGGGAACGGGCGUCUCGUUUUUGUCUGACAACAGCGGCAGGGUCAGAUUAGAUCAGCAGCAUCUGAAAACUUGAUUAAAAACAACGUUGGGCAAAACCAAAUGCUACAGAGGCACAGAUAAUGUCACUCUCAGAGUACAUACUGAAGACUUACUUGUUUGAUUGAUCUAAUGUCAAAGUGAUUCUCCAUUCCCACUGUUGUAAUAUUAGCUAAGUUAGUUAAAGGUGUUCGUGUGAGUAGCUCUGCAGCAUGUUGCUCAGAAAAGGGACAAAAAGGAGAGACACUGGGAUUUGUGUUGCUCUCUGUCAUUAUCAGUUCCUCUUCUCUACCGGUCUUACUUUCAGUCGUCUUUCAGUAACUCUCUGCCACUGGGUGUCUCAAAUUGACAUACAACAGCAGACAGGUGCUGGCAGGUUGUGGUGUGUGUCGGUUUAUCAGCUGCUUUACCGACUCUUGUUUUCCAGCCGAGAACGAUUUACCUCUCUCUCUCUCUCUCUCUCUCUCUCUCUCUCUCUCUCUCUCUCUCUCUCUCUCUCUCUCUCUCUCUCUCUCUCUCUCUCUCUCUCUCUCGGUGGAAAUUAUGACAAGUCAGUGUGAAAUCCCACUGACAGGUGUUUGUGUAUGUAUUUGUGUUAAGAAAAAAGGAGCAUUAAUAAACAAAAAGAUGAAGGAGUUGUCAUGGAAAUAGAAAAAGCUCCGCCCAUGUUUUCCUUUUUCCUUAAUUUCUUUUUCCUCACUCGCUCACUCUCACUCUCUCAUUUACUCACACGAACUCCAACACACACUCACCAAAACCCAAGCCCUUGCAUAUUAACUCCACAUGUCAGUGAAAAAAAAACUAUACACACAGACACACACACAUUGUACACCUACAAAGAGUGACACUAAAAAUACAUCUACAGUUACCAUGGCAGGGCUUCUAUAAAUACAAGUUUAAUCCAUUGGUCAGAGACGGAGUGUGUUAAGCAAGUAGACCAGCAUUGUCUGGAGAUUUUAUGGAGUGUGUCUUUUAAUAUUACAUGAGUCGUGAGCCAGACAUAUGUUUAUCCAUUCCUCUAUGUCACUACAUGCUAAAUUCACAAUCUAUAAUUUAAAAACAUCAAAAAUUCAUCCAUUCAUCAGUAGAAAUCGUGUGUAAAUUGUGGUGGAGAUGGGAUGUAUGGGUUUUUAUGUUUUUAAAGGUGUUCCAGUAUAAAAUCGUCAUCUCUUGGACAAAUGCAGCACACUUAGGUGCAGUCAUUUGCACGCACUUACUCCUACACUCACACACACAUACACACACACACACACACGUCCAUUCCCUCCCACGCUGUCACUAAACUAAUCCAAUCUUCACUCUCACUCGCACACUCACUCCUACACAGCGAGUCAUACACACACACUUCAGCCAUGCUCGCCCCUCUCGUGCUCUCACAUGCACACAGAUACCAACCUGUUGCCUGGUCUCCAUGGCGACUGAACUCAGACGUAGAAGCACCAGAGUCGAUACCUCGGUGUCCUGCCUCACACUGUUAACACACAGACAUCAGCUUGGAUACAGGAGAGUUCAGGCACCACACACACACACACACACACACUCACACACACACACUCACGUAGAAUGUGGCAUGGAAACGGCACAGACGGCAAUAUUGCGUCAUCACCUACGUUCACCAGUUUCUGAACCUUUCAGCCAGUUGGAGGUACUGUCAGUCUAGAUUUUUAAAGACUGUCAUGACUUUCCUUCUCUUUUUAAAUUAACAAUGAAAAUCUAUUUACUUGUUUUAAAGGUACAGUCUGUAGAAAAGUAAAUGUACACUGAAUUUGUUCUGCUGAAUGCAGCUAAAUGUAAACUGUGUUAUUUUUGUGUUUAAGCCUGUUCCUAGAUUUGUGCAGGCUUGAAUAUCUCACGCUCAACUCGGCUCAUCAGCUCUCUCUUCUUCUAUUUUCCCUUCUCAUUUUCUCCCACUUCUUCUCCACGCUUCUCUCCGUUGUCUCCAUCGCUGCCUUUUCCACUUCACUCCAAUCUCCAGAUGAUGGGGAAGACAGACGGCGACAACUACACGCUGGAUGACAUGUUUGUGUCGAGUGCAGCGCAGCGGGAGGGUGAGGGGAGGGAGGAGGAGAGGAUGAGGAACAAGGCUAUCGUAGAGAGCAGGAGGCUGGCUGCCACCAUGGAGAAAUGCCAGCACUGCUUCAGCAGCCAAGAGCUCCACAAACACCUUAUAGUGGCAAUAGGGAGCAAGGUGAGGGAUCAAGAGUUCAGGCAUGUCUUUCAAAAUGAUGAUUUGCAGUUUUAUCCUUGAAAUAUUACUUUAAAAUGAAAAUGGUAUCUACUAGUUUGAGUAAAGUUAGUAGUUGUUCAUAUGUCAACAAAUAGGUUAAUAGUGUGUUUGAUAAUCAAAUAGAUAUUUUGGUAUAUACUGUGUUUAGGUGUACUUGAGCCUGCCAGCUGGAGUGUCCAUGACAGAGGGCCACUGUCUCAUCUGUCCCCUCCACCAUCACUGCUCCGCCACCUCAUUGGACGAGGACAUAUGGUCAGAAAUGCAGGUAAGCCAAUCAGUGCCCUAACCCUCACAAACUGUUUGACUUUUAACAGCAGUAAAAAUACCCUAAACGUCAUUCUUAUGAAACUAUUAUUACCUUGGCAGAAACACACACACUGAUGCGCACACAGACAGACACACCCAGACGAAGGUCAAGAUGACCUCACCAGUCACAAAAACCUUCUGUGACAGAAAGCUGCUCUUUGAUCUCUUUGAAGGGGCAGGGGGAACCAAAAACAUUGAAAUAGUAAACAAACAACACAUGAGUGAUCAAAGAUGGAGUACAAAGGGAUCAAAAGUCAUCCGGAGGUCAGAGUGUGCACAGAUGUAACAUGUGCACCUGCUCCUGACAUAUAAUGUACAAAGUAACAAGUCUGAAUCUGUUUGAUUGGAGGGGCGGCGGAAGGAGUCGUAACAUUAUGAGGGUAAAGAGAGCUGCCAUUUCAGUGGCUCCACACAUGUAAAGUGUCCUACCUUUGCUUUGAACGCAGAGACUAGCAGUGAGAACAGAGUUCAAUAUGAAGUUUGUUGUUCAAUAAAAUAUAUUCAAAUCAUUAUGACUUUUAUAUUCUAUUAUGUCUUACAUAAUAUUACAUGACAUUAUCCUGUGUAAUAGAUAUUCUUCUCCAAUAUUUCACCAAAAACGAGUGGUGUUAAAACUUGAAAAAUACACUUUCCCUGCUCUUUGAAACAUUUAGGAAGGACUAAUCAAUCAUUUUUUGAAAUAGCAUAGAUCAUUUAAACAUUAUGAAUAGCUUUUGGGUAAGAACUUUGGUGAACAUACUGUGAGGGUACAGGAUUUGAACAGUGUAUGAGGGUUCAGUCUUUUCCAGCAUUCUUCGUGACUAGAGUUAUACGUCACAGCUCGAUACUGCAGGUUCUGAAGCCACUGUCUUUUCCUGUUUUAUUUCAAACUAUACUGAUUACCUCUUUGCUGCUUUGUGUCUCCAGCUGUUCCGACGUACUUUGGUUCGUAUGUUUGAGGCCCAGGAGCUGGACUGUGUGUUUAUGGAAACACACAUGAACCCACGGAGGAGACAACACAUGGUCCUGGAGUGUAUCCCACUGCCUCGCGAGCUGGGCGAUAUGGCCCCCAUAUACUUCAAAGUAUGCCUUUGUGUUUACAGACGCACUGAAUCUCAUUCAGCUUCUUUUUUUAGGCUUAACCUGGGAAAAAAUGUGUUGAGUCCAAAUUUAACCAAGUUGUUGUGAAGUUCAAUGUCUCCACAAGUGUGGUUUGAAGAGUUUGUGUGUAUUUUCAGAAAGCUAUCAUGGAGUGUGAUGAGGAAUGGGCCAUGAAUAAAAAGGUCGUUGACCUAUCUUCAAAAGACAUCAGAAAAUCUGUAAGACCUCUUGUUCUUUGUUGUUUUUAUUGUUGAUCUUUGACUUACUCCUCCCUGCUUGUGAUAUCUCUGCUUUUCUUUUUUUCCCUCCCAUUUCCUGCACACUGUUGUAUCUUUUGUCUGCUCUGUUUACAGCUGCCUUUCUUUCAUCUUUCUCGUUACCCCUUUCUUUUUUUCUGUAGCCUCAUCCUUCUAAAUUGUUAAUUGUUUGUGCAUUCUAGGUUCCUCGAGGACUGCCUUACUUUGCUGUAGACUUUGGACUCCAGGGUGGAUUUGCUCAUGUCAUUGAAAAUGAACAGAAGUUCCCCCAUUACUUUGGAAAGGUCAGCGUUUACAUUAAGACUCUUACACUAUACAUCACUGUGUGUUACUCUACAAACUUGAACGUGUGUAUGAUCUCCAGAACAAAUUGAUUGCAUCUAAUCCCACAGAAAUGUUUCAUUAUCAUAAAUCCUUGUUUCUCUGACAGGAAGUGGUCGGAGGUAUGAUGGAUUUGGAGCCACGUAGAUGGAGGAAGUUUAUUCGAGAAAACUUUGACGAUCAGAGGAAAAAAGUCCUGCAGUUUGCACAGUGGUGGAAACCUUAUGACUGCACCAAGACUGAGGGCUGACGGGGACUGUGAACCCGGUUUCAUUCACACACUUCACUCCUCAAAGCAAGAGGAAACACUGCAGACAUCUUGAUAUUCAGAAAUUCAAAAGUGUCUGAUAGAAACUGUGUUGUGAAAACUUUUAUACGUCAAUAAAAAGUACAUAAAUAACUCUGAA